UGUUAAAUUGCGGAAUCAGGUUGUCCUAUGACACGUUUGCUCAGCAAACGUUCACAUGCACCAUAGGCCUAUUUUAGUUUCGUUUCGUUUCCUGGAUUUUACAAAAGCUCAGCACAGCCUGCUUCCACAUUGAGUUGCGUGCAGUCUCUGGAGCGAGUCGUGUGUCACUUCACUCUCAGCAACGGUUAGUCGGCCUGAUCUCCAGCCACCAUGAAGUGCGGACUUUUGUUUUUGGUUGUUUUGUGCACUGCUGCUUCGGUUGCUGAGGACUUUAUAAAAAGCAGCCCUCCUGCCCCGGCGAUCGCUGAGUUCCAGUUCAGCACCCCUCAAGUGGGGACCGAAGAGUUGGCAAACACAAUGGAGCAGAAGAAGAAGACAACUAAACGGCACACCACGAAACCAAAGCCAAUCACCCCGACAACGAUACAGCCAAACACCACGACAACGAAAAAGCCCACCACAACGAAAAAGCCCACCACAACGACUGCAAAGCCCACCACAACGACUGCAAAGCCCACCACAACGACUGCAAAGCCCACCACAACGACUGCAAAGCCCCCCACAACGACCGCAAAGCCCACCACAACGACUGCAAAGCCCACCACAACGACCGCAAAGCCCACCACAACGACUGCAAAGCCCACCACAACGACCGCAAAGCCCACCACAACGACCGCAAAGCCCACCACAACGACUGCAAAGCCCACCCCAACGACUGCAAAGCCCACCACAACGACUGCGAAGCCCCCCACAACGACUGGAGAGCCCAACACAACGACUGCAAAGCCCACCACAACCACUGGGAAGCCCACCACCACCGUCAAACCGGUGCCUCCCACACCAACACCUUCUGCCCACUUGAUCAUGGGAAAAUACAACAUCACCAAAAACGGCUCCAUGUGUCAGCUGGCUCAAAUGGCUUUACAGAUCCGCCUGGUGUCUGACAAGGUCAACGGAACCUUUAUUGUUCAGCCAGUCCUGACGAAUACAACCUCUUCAGCUUGUCAGGAAAAAACUGCCUCUCUUAACAUUACCUUUGGGGAAGGGUUCAUAUUGUUCAUAUACGAGAAGAACACCACCGGAAAUAGCGUCUAUGUGAAGGAAGUGUCCUUCAGCCUCUUCUACCCCUUCGGCACAGCAGCUGUCAAGUACUCCCAGCGCAACGAUUCCCUGCAUCUGUUCGCUGCCCAGGUGGGUCACUCCUACUCCUGUAGGAACGAGUCCAUCUACAUGGGCAAGGGACUCUACCUGGACGUCAAUCAAGACCGGAUGCAGGCCUUCAACUUCACCAAAAGCAAUGAGUUUGGCGUUUCCGACCCCUGCCCGGCGGACGUCCCCACUUACAGCGUGGCCAUCGCUGUGGGGGUCAUCCUCCUGGUACUCAUCAUCGUCGUGGUGUUGGCCUACGUAGUGGGCAGAAGAAGGAGAGCCAACAGCUAUCAGGCACUUUGAGCUUGACCCCGUCCGGAGUGGCUAUGCUAUAUGCUAUAUCAAACUGCUCUGAACAAAGGCUACGCAAUUAUUAUUAUCUAAUUGGCUACGUUUGGUGACUGUUGAUGUCAGAAUUGACGUGACUGCACAAUUCAUAACCCAAUUCGAUUAAACCCCCUAAGACGAGGUGGGGUCCAUAGUUAGACGUAGUUCCAGAAGUAAGCGUUGCAUAUGUGUGUGAUGUGUCCACUUUUUCGACAACAUCGUGGAUCAUAACGUCCUAGUUUUUCUACAAUGCUCCCCCUUAGUGGCAUAAUGGAGCAUCAUUACGUCCUCACCAAUCACUGCUGGAUGACCGAAAUACGCAAACGCACACUCUGACAUGGUUUCAUCUAUUUCAAAAUGUCCAGCUGCUAAUCUUUUUGAGUGGUUGAUUGUUUUGUUGUGAUAGAAUUUUGUGCUUUGAUAUCCAAAAUAGAGUCAUAUAAUUUGAGCAGGGUCAAUGUGCUUGUGAUUAAAAAGGGAAUAAUGUAACGCAUGGUUUGAGUUAAGGGAACAUCAUUUCUCGCGAAACCUUAUUGCACUGAGAUUAAUGCUCAUAACAAGCUGCCAGUGUCUGAAUGUAGCUUAAUGUGAAAACGAAUUACAUUAUUCUUUAUUACUGUACAAACAACGAAACACAUUAUUAUUUUAAAAGUGCACUUUUGUUGCUAUGUUAUGUCCUAGAUUUCAGUCCAGCUUUUCACGAAAUAAAUCACUUUAGGCCACUGAUUAUUUUGUAAUAUGUCUUUCCCACUGAUAAAGACCAUUUAUAUACAGCCUCCCGUAAUCAUUUU